AUGAAUGACGAAGUUGAAGAGCAAACGAUCAGUGAAGUAAAAAAUGUUGAUGGACUUACCAGUAAAAUCGUCGGAGGGAGUAACGCAGACAUAAGUGAAUACCCCUGGCAGGUGUCCUUACAGUUGAGAAGUAGUGGAAGUUGGUAUCAUAUUUGUGGAGGUUCUAUCAUUAACAACAACUGGGCCGUUACAGCCGCUCACUGUGUUGAUGGAAGUUCAACGAGUACCCUUCGGAUUGCCGCUGGGAUGACACAGUUGUCAGAUACUUCAAGAACACAUCCUAGCUAUAGUGGUAGUGCUGCUGGAUAUCCGAAUGACAUUGCUCUGUUACAAUUAUCACAGUCAUUGUCAUAUGGUGAAAACAUAGAUGCGAUAGCUGUUCCUUCAAAUGUUGAUUUUACUGGAUCAAAAUGCUUCCUUUCAGGAUGGGGCCGAUUGAGCGGAAGUGGAAGCAGCCCAAAUACUUUACAAGAUGUCCAGAUGACUGUUAUCAGCAAUUCGGAAUGUACAACGAGAUGGUCAUCUGUCAGUGGUGCUACUAUCAACAGUGGCCACAUUUGUAUACAUGAAACUGGUAAAUCUGCCUGCAGUGGUGAUAGUGGUGGUCCAAUGACAUGCUACUCUGGAAAUACUCCAUAUCUCGCUGGUGCUACGUCUUGGGGUAUCAGCACAUGCUCUGGAAGCUUUCCAAGCGUCUACGCCAGACUGACAUCGUUCAGGUCAUGGAUCAGUACCUACGUCAGCAUCUAA